AUGCUGAUAGAUUAUUUUAAAUUGAACGAACGAAGCGCGGAAGCUAGACAAUAUACAUAUAGCGAAAUUCCACACCAUUACGUUUUUAAAAAAAUAGAUGAUACCAAUAACUACAGUUGGCAACCACGUCGAAAACAUUCUAAUGUAAUUGGUCGUAUGUAUUCAAUUAGCCCAGCUCAAACAGAAUUAUUUCAUCUUCGGCUUUUACUUGUCAAUGUCAAGGGUGCAAUAAGUUAUGAAGGAAUCAGAACAGUCAAUGGAGAAGUAUUUGAUACUUUCACAAAUGCGUGUUUAGCGUUAGGAUUAAUAGAAGAUGAUCAAGAAUGGAAGCGUACAAUGAGUGAAGCUGUAGUAUGGAUGAUGCCACGACAGUUACGAUGUUUAUUUGUACGUAUAUUAAUCCAUUGUCAACCUCUUUAUCCCGAAGAACUAUGGGAACAAUUUAAAGAACAGAUGUCCGAAGAUUUCUAUAGUCGCUUCCGUGUAGACGGUGGUAAUCGAAAAGCAUAUAGGUUCAUAAAUUUUAUGCUUAACAAAGAAGGUGUUAGUCUCUCAAAUUUUCCGAAAAUGCCUCAAAUAGAUGAAACGGAUGAUAUUCCUGAUGACUUUUAA